UUUUAUUUUGAAAGCGAGCCACACUCCGGUCCUCCAGUAGUUACUCUUCACAGAACGAAAACAGAAGCGUUAGCUGUGAAUAGUUCGAUUUUGUCCACCGGUGAAGACGAAACGGAGAAUGGAGGUUUCAGCUCGAGGGCAAACCUUUCAGCAGAAAAAGAAGAACCCUGGGAAGAAAACGCAGCAGACCUAUGGUGGGGACAUAGUGUUCACCAGGCAAGGAUCCAUUCAGACUGUUCCCUCCCUCAGCAAACGGCUGAAAACUGUCACAGAUCCGGUUAUCGGCCUACAGUAUGUGUGGGAGUAUCGCAGCCCCAGCAAGACAGUCCCACCUCAUUACCAGUGCAGACUGUGUAAAGUGCAACUGCGGCAGAAUGAAAUGGCUUCUCAUGUUAGCGGAUGGAAGCAUUGCUUCAAAUACCUGAAACUUACUCACCCUGGAAAAAUGCCUCAUGAAGAAGAGGAAGUAACAAAGAACCCAGCUAUCAAAAAGGAACUGAAAGUGAUCACUGCUGAGGUGGAGAAGACUGAGGGCAGAGGUCAAAUCAGGGUUCUCCUUAAGGAACCGUACAAGGUGUCAUCCUUUCAGAACAUGAAGUCUGCAUUUCCCCAUGUAGUAGGGCCAGGUCCUACAAGUCUGCUUGGACCAAUUCCUGGAGAUUUUCACUCAGGUAGACCAUUUGGUGGUGGGUUUUUGGACCCACCCUUUUCAGAGGAGUUCCCACCAAGGAGUGGUAUGAUGUCUGAUUUUCAUGGCGGUUCGGAUAACGGCCCCAUGAGGAGCUCUGAACACUACGGACCAGACAUAAUGAUGGGAGGUCCAGACAGUAUGCAACGUUUACCCAACAGCAGAUCAAUGCACAUGGGCCCAGAGGGAUUUGGGAUGGGCCCACGAGGCGAGGACAUGGACCGACCGUUCCCUGACGAUCUGCCAAUGAACAGCAAUGACCGAAUGAUGAGAUUGAAAGGCCCAGAGUCUAGCAGCACCCUCACAACUCUUCUUAGAUGUCUGGACACAUUCCGCAUCGAGUGUGAAGACGAUGCUCAGAUCGUGCUGAAGAUCACACAGAAGCUCACAGACGUCUUGAUGGAAUACCGUCUCAGGACUGUCUCCACGGGAUCUAGUAUGAAUUCUUCUUGCCUGACAAUGAGCUCCGACAGAUUCUCCGGCAAUAUGUCAGGCCCUUCAAGAUUCUUUAACUGAGCAGCCCAUGUGAUGCUGUCUAUUUUGUUUUAAGGUGGCUCUGUUUUAGUGUACUUCUCACCAUAAAACAUUCAAAUUGAAUCUUUUACAUUCAAGACUAAAUGACCUUUGUUUUGGACAUGUGUUGCAGGCCACAGCGAUUUGUUAAUCCUUUUUGGUUGUGGAUUUAGAGUUCUAGAAAUGUUUUGUACACUGAUUUGAAUAAAAAGUUUCAAAAAUAA